CAACUUAAGUGCACAACGAUCGAUAUGGAAGCGCCCGAAUUCAAAGACUUUGCCAAAUCAAUGGUUGAUUAUAUAGCCGAUUACCUGGAGAAUGUGCGCGACAGGCGGGUGCUGCCCGAGGUGAAGCCAGGCUAUUUGCAGCCAUUGAUACCGGAUGCGGCGCCAGAGAAGCCGGAGAAUUGGCAGGAUGUGAUGAAGGACAUUGAGCGAGUCAUCAUGCCCGGUGUGACCCACUGGCACAGCCCCAAGUUCCAUGCCUAUUUCCCGACAGCCAACUCGUAUCCAGCCAUCGUAGCGGACAUGCUGAGUGGAGCAAUUGCUUGCAUUGGAUUCACUUGGAUAGCGAGUCCGGCCUGCACGGAGCUGGAGGUGGUUAUGCUUGACUGGCUGGGCAAGAUGCUGGAUCUGCCAGCUGAAUUUUUGGCUUGCUCCGGAGGAAAAGGUGGCGGCGUGAUUCAGGGAACAGCCAGCGAGUCGACUCUGGUAGCUCUGCUGGGCGCCAAGGCCAAGAAGAUACAGCAGGUUAAGAAGGAACAUCCAGAGUGGGAUGAGCACACAAUCAUUGGCAAGUUGGUGGGCUAUUCCUCGGCCCAGGCUCAUUCCUCUGUGGAGCGAGCUGGUCUCCUGGGCGGCGUCAAGUUGCGUUCAGUUCCGGCUGAUGAGCACAAUCGUCUGCGUGGCGAUGCCUUGGAGCAGGCAAUCAAAGAGGAUUUGGCUGCUGGCCUAAUACCCUUCUACGCUGUUGUCACCUUGGGCACGACUAACUCGUGUGCCUUUGAUCGACUGGAUGAGUGCGGUGCUGUGGCCAACAAGUACAACGUGUGGGUUCAUGUGGAUGCGGCCUAUGCUGGCUCAGCAUUCAUCUGCCCCGAGUACCGUCACCACAUGAAGGGCAUCGAGACGGCCGACUCGUUCAACUUCAAUCCACACAAAUGGAUGCUGGUCAACUUCGACUGCUCGGCCAUGUGGCUGAAGGACCCCAGCUGGGUGGUAAACGCUUUCAAUGUUGAUCCCCUGUACCUAAAGCACGACAUGCAGGGCUCUGCACCUGACUAUCGUCACUGGCAAAUCCCAUUGGGUCGCCGUUUCCGCGCCCUCAAGCUCUGGUUCGUGCUGCGUCUGUACGGUGUCGAGAAUCUGCAGGCACAUAUCAGACGCCACUGCGGCUUUGCCAAGCAGUUUGGCGAUCUCUGCCAGCAGGACAAGCGCUUCGAGCUGGCUGCUGAAGUGAGCAUGGGUUUGGUUUGCUUCCGGCUGAAGGGCAGCAACGAGCGCAACGAAGCGCUGCUCAAGCGGAUUAAUGGACGUGGCAACAUUCACAUGGUGCCCGCUAAAAUACGUGAUGUUUACUUCUUACGCAUGGCCGUCUGCUCGCGCUUCACACGAUCCGAGGACAUGGAGUACUCCUGGAAGGAAGUCAGCGCUGCAGCCGAUGAGCUGGAACAGUCUGAGGCAGAUGAAAAGCAGUAAAAGGACAGCUAGUGUU